AUGACACUGACACUGACAGCAAAGGCUCAAGUCAUCGAGCGAGACUUUCAACUCGCCAGAGCAAAGGCAAACUACCCUGCCUUCUCUGAAUUUGCACGGCGCUAUAUCAAACACAACAAGAACGGCAUCGUGCUUGUGAAUACGGCCAUGCUGGAACUGGCGGUAGGAGAGGCAGAGAUUGCUAUUCGCAAGGCUCAGAAGUGGACAUACAUGACAUCGUUGGAUGAUACCCCAGACAACAUUGCUUCAAGUCCGCCCAUCCGGCAAGAGUCGAUCCAGGAGGCUGUCGAAAAGCUUGAACGGGUCUUGUCCAAAGGCCCUGAGGAGCAUCAGGAGUACGCGGCGAUUGUUCUUGCAAGAGCAGCAAUGGCAACCAACGCACCAGAUCGUGUACAACGUGUCGCUCAUUAUCUUCAAAACAUCCAGCUUCCUCCAGUCCGACUCCCUUCAGGCUACAACUUUGCCCUGAUAGCAUGUGGAUUGACUGUCAAGGGAUUGGCGCUGGAGGAAGAAGGCAAGAUCCCUGAGGCUAUUGUAUCAUACGAUAACGUUGCCCUCUGGGUCCAGACCCACUCCAACGAAAAGUGCGAAGAACUCUUUGCAUGGACAGAACACGCCCUUUACAGAGCAGGAUUACUAAAGCUGCGUCUUGGGGAUCACCUUGCGGCGGUCCGUUCAUUCCGAGCAUACCAUACCCAGGCACUCACUUGGCCUGGCAACUUUAGACUGCCUCGACGCGCCACCGCCUACCGCCAUCUCUCUCAAGCCUUGUCGACUUCCUUCAAGACGGUUGGAUAUCAAGCCGGAGCCAAUGGAUCUCCCACCGUUGUCGACGAGCAAUCACAUUUUUACCCCGCGGCAUUGAGUUCGGAGAUGGCAGAGAUCCACGCCUACUGGGAGGACUCAUUAUAUGCAGUGACAACAUUUCCAGGAGCCAACGAAAAGAAUUGGCGAGUCUUGGUGAUGAUUGAGCAGAUCAUCGAGGAUCGCAAGUUGCUCGGGUGUGAAAACGAUGCCGACAAAAAGGCGCUCGUCGAGACUAUCUACCGUGCUUCGCAAAAGACUUUCCAAUCUCCUCGGGUCUUGCGCUUCCUUUUCUUUGCAUUGGUGGAGAAGGGUCAAUACGACGAGGCAGAAUUGGCUCUCAAGGCGUAUCUGGAUAUGGCAGAGAUCAACCACAAGGUGAAGGACUCGACAGCUGAGGACUCAUUGACUCAUGAUGAGCGCGUUCGUCAGGACGUCGAGUCCAGGUACGACAUCACGACUGUCAUGAUUGCUGGAUCUCGUCUGUACUCCAAGGAACUCGCAAAGCCCCAGGAGGCCUUAAAGUGUGCGUCAGGAGCCUUGGACAACAUCCACGUAUAUCUCCAGAAACAUGAGCUGGUAGCCGACUUGCUCAACGAUGCCUACCAGUGCCAAGGAAUUGCGUACGGUCUCCAAGCUUCUACCACACACGAGCCCCAUCAACGUCCCCAGAUGUAUGCCAAGGCUGUGGAAUCGUUGGAAAACGCGAUCAAAGUCGCACCCGGUGCUUUCGACAGCCUAUACCUUCUCGCCCUCCAGUAUGCAGAGAUACGCGAGAUUGCAAAGGCAAUCUUGACAGUCAAGCAGAGCAUCAGUCUCAACUCGAGCCACAUCCCCUCGUGGCACCUGUUGGCAUUGUUGCUCUCUUCACAGAAGGAUUAUGAGCGUGCCUUGAGCAUCUGCGCUGUGGGUCUCAAGGAAUCUGAGUGGGACUUGGCUCAGACGGAUGGAUUCUCUGCUUCUCAGUUGGACGGCGAGGAUUACUUGGCAUUCCGAGUCACACAGGCGAUCUUGCAGGAUCAGGUCCAUGGACCGGAGGCAGGAUUGGAACAUGAGGAGGCAUUAUUUUCGCUGUAUACUCGCGUAUUUGCACCAGAGCCUAGCUCGAUGGGCGAGAGCUUGUAUGAUAUUCAGAACGUUCGACGACGGGACCAGAGCGAUAACGACAUGAACUCGUCGACGCUUGCUGUUGUGAAUGGUGGCACUACUACCGGCCGUCCACGCUCUAGCAGCAUUCUGAGUUCCCGAAGCAGAAAUGGCGGCGGCUCUGACAUCGGCAGCAUCAUCGGUGCCAGCCAUAGCAAUACCCUUGAAGUACCAAAAGCUAACUAUGCGUCGUCGAUUACGUCGUCAAUUGGAACGAGCCCCAACAAGCACCGCAGGAUCCCACCUCCUGCAGCAGCCGCUGGAGCCAACCAAGGCACUUUGGGACGUUCGCUGCUCAGCCUUCCUCCACCAGUUCAAAGACCAACGACAAAGUCGGUGAUGCGGACUGCGCGUGCUAACAAGGUGCUGGCUACCCUCUGGCUGAUGUCCGCGUCAGCUUUUAGAAGACUUGGCCGUAUGGAUGAUGCCCAGAAGGCUAUUGAAGAAGCUGAACGCGUCAACUCUUCCGACCCAGACGUUUGGUACCAGUUGGGAUUGUUGUAUACUGCUCAACAGGACCAGGAGACGGCGUCAGUGUCGUUCUCGAAGGCACUGGCGCUGGAGCCCUAUCAUCCAGCCUGUCUGGCUCGCGUUGGUCGAUCAUACCUGGACGCAGGAUCGUUUGAGAUGGCCGAGGGUAUUUUGGAGUCUACGACCAAGAGUCUUGGCUGGGACAAUGCGGAGGCGUGGUUCUACUUGGGCAAGGUCUUUGAAGCGACGGAUCGGUUGACGCGUGCGAAGGAGUGCUUGUGGUAUGCGCUUGAUCUUGAGACCUCCCGCCCUGCCCGUAGCUUCACCAAGGCAUUGCCUCGAUAUGUUCAGUAA